CUUCCCCAGAGCUGCUGUACUGUGUGAAGGCAGCAGUAACAGCAGUGUGACUGACCAUGCCAGCUCCAGCCCAGCAGGACGGAUGCCUCUGUGCAAGCAGAUAUAACGGUGCAGCUUUCGCAACCACAUCAGUAAUCUGAAAUCGGAAUUAAGAGAACGACAUCUUUCAUGGCUCGCUUGUCAUAUAUGCGGAUUAAGUAUCUCUUCUUCUCAUGGCUGGCUGUGUUUAUCGGCAGUUGGGUUAUAUACGUGCGCUAUAGCUCCUAUACAGAGCUCUGCCGAGGACAUGAAUGUAAGAUGACUAUUUGUGAUAAAUACAAGAGGGGGAUUAUUGAUGGAUCAGCCUGCGAAGGUCUGUGUACAAAAGAAACCCUUUACUUUGGAAAGUGUUUGUCAGCAAAACCUAACAAUCAGAUGUAUGUAGGGAUAUGGGGAAACCUAGAAGGUGUGAUAAAAUGUCAGAUGGAAGACACCUUGCAUAUGGAUUUUGGAGCUGAUCUGGAGCCAAGGAAAGAGAGUGUUUUGUUUGACAAACCAACCAGAGGAACCACAGUACAAAAAUUCAAGGAGAUGGUGCACAGUCUCUUUAAAACUAAAUUGGGUGAUCAGGGAAAUCUUCGGGAUCUUGUAAACCUUAUCCUAGCAGUGGCUGAUGGGAAUAAAGAUGGUCACGUUUCCCUUUCUGAAGCCAAAUCAGCUUGGGCCCUUUUGCAGCUCAAUGAAUUCUUACUCAUGGUUAUCCUCCAAGAUAAGGAACACACCCCAAAACUACUAGGAUUUUGUGGGGAUUUGUAUAUAACUGAGAGUACACCAUAUUCUUCACUGUAUGGAAUAAGUCUCCCUUGGAUCUUUGAAGUAUUUCUUCCUUUGGGUCUCCGAAAACGCAUGGAUCAAUGGUUUACCCCAUCCUGGCCAAGAAAGGCCAAGAUAGUUAUUGGUAUUUUGGAAUUUGUGGAAGACAUUUUUCAUGGACCUUACGGCAACUUUCUUAUGUGUGAUGUAAGUGCCAAAAUCUUUGGUUAUAAUGAAAAAUAUGAUUUAAAAAUGGUGGACAUGAGAAAUAUUGUACCUGAAAUGAGUUUAAAGGAGCUGAUUAAAGAUCGACCCUGUGAGACUAACUUAGAAUGUGUUUAUGGUACUGACUGCAGCACUGUGUGCGACCAAAGUAUAAAACGAUGCACUGCAGAAGUAACGCAGCCAAACCUGGCUAAGGUGUGCCUGUUAGUGAAGGACUAUCUGCUACGAGGAGCGCCUUCUGAAAUUAGAGAGGAAUUGGAAAAGCAAAUUUAUUCUUGCAUUGCCCUAAAGGCUGCUGCCAAGCACAUGGAAAUGGAACAUUCAUUAAUAUUAAAUAAUCUAAAAGCUCUUCUGUGGAAAAAAAUCUCUCAUACUAAUGAUUCAUAACUUUUAAGAACAGACUGUAGAAAGUUUACCACUUUUUUUUGGACAAGGUCAUCUUAAGCUUUUGUUAUGUACUUGUUUUUAAAUCGUCUUUAACAAACCUUUUUUCUUUUCUUUCAUAAUAUAAAGCACUCCGUCAUGCCAUACCCCAAUGUGAAAGGCUUAAAGUAUUUCAUGUCUAAGCCUAAACUUUUAUUUUUUUUUUAUGAAUUUGGUGUUAUUGACAUGAGUUUUUUUUCCCUCUGAAAUAUAUUGUAUGCACUUGAACUGGAA